AUGAUGAACGAAAUCUACAGAAUAGAGUGGGAAUAUUCCGAUGUCGGAAAUAUCAAUAGAAGGAAAGAACUUGCGGUUUUUCAUGAAAGAAUAAAAAACGAGUUCAACAUUGAAUGGAAUGCACUUGACGACAUUGCCAGCUUCGAUGACAUCCACGUCGAUUUGGCUCUGAUGCUCGCCAUGCAACAAUACAUCACUGAAAACCAAGAAUUUCCCAAAGUCGAAGACAACUGUUUCAUUAGUUCUGUUCUCGAGCUGCGUGACCCCUGCGUCGGAGUAGAAAUGUACCCCGAAUUUGAACAGGGCCUCGUUGGAAAAACCAAAAUUCAAUUUCCAUUCGAAAAACUUGAAAUUAUCGAUAACGAUUACGAAAUGGCCUUUCACUUUGAAAGUGUUUCUAACGCAGACGAAUUUUUGAUUGAAUAUUCUGUUGCUCAAAAUUGCUUCGGGAAAAACGGCUGGGGAAGCAGAGACAAUUUUGUUGCUGUUAACUCAACAUCGAACGUUCCGUUAACGCUGAACUGGUGUGGCGAAUCCAUUGAGAGCACAAACCUCUGCAUCACUGUGUUCAGUACAUCUGAAAAUAGCCCGAUAUUGAAAUGGAGAGAACCAGUUCUGAAGAAAAAGACGCAAGUAAAUACGAACCUGAAUGAUCUCAAAUCGGUCGAUUAUUAUGACGAUGACAUAAACGACAUAAAUCCAGUAGCCUGUCCAGAAGUAGUCAAACCUGGAAGUUGUGUCAUAAACGGCUCGAAAGCUACUUGUAAAGGAGCUAUCAACGGAUGCGAAGAAGAAGGAGUCAACUGUCCACGGCCAAAGGUUGACCCUAAAAUUGCCGGAUCAGCCGCUGGUGGAAUCGUUUUGGCUAUUGGGAUUGUGAUAACGAUUGUUGUUCUUUUUAUGAAAAAGAGAGAAUCAUCAGCGUCUGAAAUUCUGCCGACAUAUGCUCAAGCGAAGACUAAGACUCGCGGCGCUGCAACUGGCUAUUCUUACCGUUAA